GUAAGCUUUUGCCUAAAGAUGAGACGGCAGUGCGAAACUUGGUUGACGUAGCCCAGCAACGACUAGCAGUAGUUUAGUCUACUUUAUGACUUAUUUUACUUGACGACCGCAUUAUAUAUUGCUGUCAAGAGAAGGUAAUAUGUUAUAUGUUUUAUUUUUUGGCUCAAAGGUUGUUUAACGCACGAAGCUCGCGCGUAAUGAAGCGCUCGUGAUCAGCCGACGCGUCUUGUAAACGAAGUUCUGCGACUAUAUAGUAAAUAUAUAUUACCACAAGCAUCUCGUGGUUCUCCGGGAGACAUUGCUGUCUUUACAUUUGAAAACACGGAGUUCGUAUUAGCCGGUAAGAAGAUUAAAGUCAUGACUGGUAGAGAGGACGAGUAUGACUAUCUCUUUAAAGUGGUUCUGAUUGGUGACUCGGGUGUGGGCAAGAGUAACCUGCUCUCUCGCUUCACCCGCAAUGAGUUCAACCUGGAGAGCAAGAGCACCAUCGGGGUGGAGUUUGCCACGCGCAGUAUCCAUGUGGAGGGCAAGACUGUCAAAGCUCAGAUCUGGGAUACGGCUGGACAGGAGAGAUACAGAGCCAUCACAUCAGCGUAUUACAGAGGUGCCGUCGGAGCCCUGCUGGUGUAUGACAUCGCCAAGCAUCUGACCUAUGAGAACGCAGAGCGCUGGCUGAAAGAGCUGCAGGAUCACGCUGACAGCAAUAUUGUCAUCAUGUUAGUAGGAAACAAAAGCGACUUGCGUCAUCUGAGGGCUGUUCCUAUGGAUGAAGCUAAAGCAUUUGCAGAGAAACAUGGGCUGUCUUUCUUGGAGACGUCAGCGCUGGACUCUUCUAAUGUUGAACUUGCCUUUCAGACUAUUCUCACAGAAAUCUACCGUAUCGUGUCCCAGAGGCAGAUGUCGGGGCGUGGAGAUGACGGCUUCUCCCCCAGCUCCAAAGUGGUUCCCAUUACGGUGCAGCCCACACAAAAUUCUGGCAAGCAGAGCGCCUGCUGUCAGAAUAACUGAGCUGCCACAGCGCCACCAGGGGACCCAGGGAAUAACAGCAACUUUGUUUGGGCUGGGCUGCGAGUUUGAUCGUGUCCGACUGCGCUGUAUUUCCAGUCGGAGAGAUGAUGAUGAUGAUGAUGAGAAAUUGAAGCGAUGAAUGGAUUUGCUCAGAACUGACUUGUUUCAGACUAAUUAGAAAUGAGCAGUUAGCUGGAGCGCUCAGACGUGGCGGCUCUCUUUUAUUUUCUGGCACUUUUUGUCAAAAAACAAUGGGCUGGAAGAACCUGGAAAGGGCUUGGAUUGCGUAAUGCUACUUAUUAUUAAAGGUAUAGCUCACCCAAAAAUGAGAAUUCAACAUUUAAGCACCCUUAAGUUGUUUGAAACCUUUUUUCUGUUUCUGUUUGUUUCUGUUAAACACAAAAGAAGAUGAUUUAAAAAAUGUCAGAAACUAAUAGCCAUUGACAUUCUUAGUAAAUAAAUAGAUUAAUAAAAGACUGUGGAAGUGAAUGGUGACCAGAUUUCAACAAUCUUCCAAAUGUUUUCUGUUGAAUAAAACUGUUUCUGUUAAAUACAAUAGAAGAUGAUUUGAAAAAUGUUGAAAAUCGGUAGUCAUUGACAUCCCUAGUAAAUGGACAUUUUUAUAAAAAAAA